UUUAUAGAAGUAUAAUAAUAAAUCUACAACAUGGAUAUAGAAACAGUGUACAGAAACGUUCCUUCCUUUACGAAAUUCUACCUGGCUACCUUCAUCAUUAACACUUGAUUGAUCUCUUUCGAGUUGGUUGACUUCACAAACCUGGAAUUAGAUUUUGAAAAGGCAAUCCUGGGGCUACAAUUCUGGAGGUUCUUCACAUGCUUUGCUUUCUACAAUGAGUUCUCGAUCUUAUUCGUUGUCAUCAUCGUCCUAACACAUGUUUGAUUGAGUACGAUAGAACAUUAUUUCAGGAGAAGGAUGCAGGAUUUUAUCUUCAUGAUUGUCUUUGUAUGGGGCUCACAUAUCCUUCUUGGCUUCCUCCUAGACACUCACCAAGACAUGAUGGCUGAAUUUGUGUGAUCCUUCAUGUACAUCUACUGCAGGCGGGAGAGAGAGGAUAGAGUUGAAAUUUUCAGAAUCGCAAUUAAAGCUAGAUUCUUUCCAUGGGUUUGGGUAGUUCUUUGGAAAAUCUCUGGCUACCAAAUUAUCAAAAUCUUAGCAGGAUACACCAUAGGACAUUUAUACGACUACUUGAAAUUUAUAAUGCCUGAAACACUUGGCUAUUCCUUACUCGAAACUCCUAGUUUCCUUAAUUGGUUAGUAUCGAAAAUGGAAAAGCGUCAGCCCCAACAAGCAAAUGAGGUAGACUUGGUUGACCACGGUGAUGCUGGGCCAGUAAUAGGCUAAAUCUUGCUUCCUAAAAUAUUUCUGGAAAGUAUCUCAAAUCAAAAUCACUAACAAAUUAUAUCUAAUAAAAUUGCUGAUGAAAUAUUUUG